UGGCAGUGUGGAAGAUGAUGAAAGGUAAGUGAAAAUUUUGGUUCUGUUUGUAUCACUUUAGUGUUUCAUUUAAUCAUCGGAUAACAAAUAAAAAAUAUAAUAAUAUAUAUAUAAAAAAAUCAGUUACAUUUGUUGUUUUGGUGUUUUGUUCACAAUCAAAAUGAAUCCAACAAUGAGUUCUCAUGAUGAUGAUUCAAGUAAAGAUGGUUCAUUGGAGGGAGAUAUUCACAAUACAUCAAACUCGGAUGCUGAAGGUGUUUGGUCUGCUGACAUUGAACAAAGCUUUCAAGAAGCUCUUGCCAUUUACCCACCCUGUGGUCGACGUAAAAUUAUCCUCUCGGAUGAGGGUAAAAUGUAUGGACGAAACGAGCUGAUUGCUCGUUAUAUUAAAUUACGAACUGGUAAAACUCGAACACGGAAACAAGUAUCUAGUCAUAUUCAAGUGCUUGCCCGACGGAAAGCCAGGGAAAUGCAGUCCAAAUUGAAGACUCAGCUAUGGCAACCAGCUGGACCCACUACAACCGAUGAUAUAAAACCAUUCAAUGAGCUGAAAAAUUUCAACAGUGUAUCCAACUUGAUAUCCAAUGCAAUUUCCCACUACAAUAAUCACAAUAACAAUGUACCUUCACUUGAGGAUCGGUGUAUAGCUACACAUGAAUUGAGACUCUGUGAGUUUACAGCCUUUCUAGAAAUUGGUUCCGGUGUUCAGGCUACCAAACAUAUUUUCGUCCAAAUCGGUGGGCCUACAUCGUUUUCUGAUCCAAUUUUGGAAGACAUAGAUAUUCGCCAAAUAAGUGAUAAAUUCCCUCAAAAUAAAGAAGGACUCAAAGAGUUAUAUGACAAAGGUCCACAAAAUGCUUUCUUUUUGGUUAAAUUUUGGGCUGAUCUCGGAAUCCCUCAAGAUCUAAUGCUCGAGAAUGCCUUCUAUGGAGUAACUGCUAUGUUUGAAUCAUCGAAAAGCAUGAUGAUAACAUGUUCAACGAAAGUGUGUUCGUUUGGUAAACAAGUAGUUGAAAAGGUCGAGGUUGAAUAUCCAAAUUAUGAGAAUGGAAGGAAUGUUUAUCGAUUCGAGAAGUCACCUAUGUGCGAAUACAUGAUUAAUUUUAUUCACAAAUUAAAGGAUUUACCGGAAAAGUACAUGAUGAAUUCAGUGUUAGAAAAUUUCACCAUUCUCCAAGUAAUAACCAAUAGAGAGACACAGGAUACGCUGCUUUGUAUUGCAUUUGUUUUUGAAGUCUCAGCAUCGGAACACGGAGCCCAGCAUCAUAUUUAUAGAUUAACCAAUAACGACAAUUGAUAAUGACAACAAAUUCGGUUAUUUUGUGUACUAUUUUUCUUUUUUGUAACCUUUCUCUUCAUCUCCCUCUCUUUUUCACUAUUUGUCCUCUCUCCAUAUUUCCACUCUCUUCAAAGUCUCUCUCUCUCUCAUUUUCCUCGAGAACCACACCAACAACAACAACUACAACAAACCACCAAACUGACCAGCUUAUCAAUUAGUGGACUACGCCAGUGAACUUGAGUUAAACUCUAUUUCUUUGUACAAUAAUUUAACUUCCCCCUAUCACCUUUUUUCUCUGUCUUCUCACUCUCUUACUCUUUAUAUCUCUCUUUCUAUCCUCUUUCUUUCUCAUCUUCUUCCCUCCUUUUUUCAUUCAAUCGAUACCACCUAUUUCCCCGUGAUUUUGCCUAUUCCACAUGAGUUUUAACCACUCCUAUCUCUCUCUCUCUCUCUUUCUUUCUUUCUCUUUCAUGACUUGCUAUCAAGUUAUCUCCUUUCAAGUCUGUUGAACGUUCCAACAACAACUUAAUAUUUUUUUGUUUUGCCUUAGCUUUUUUGGCUGCCUAAUCUUAUAUCUUUCUCUCUAUCCUCUGUUUUACGCCCUUUUACCUUAUCCCCAUGACCUUGUGUCUAUAAUUUUCUCCCAAUUUCUCUCUCUCUCUUUAUCUUUCUCUCUUUCUCACCUUGCCAUUUUUUGCCUCAUAUAUGUAUACAUAUACACACACACUCUCUAUCUCUCUCUCUUUCUCCCUCCCUCUCAUGAGGUAACAAAACACAGUUUCAAAGCAGCAGAAAAAACAACAACAAACUUACAAAAAUCAUCAUCAACUUUUGUCCAGUACUACAAAAUUGCCGUUCUAAAAGAUUAGCUAAACAAUCUUAAUCUCAGGUAAAAAGCAACACACAUACACACUAAAAAUAUAUACAUCCAUAUAUAUAUCUAUACAUAAUCCCAAAAGAUAUGGCAACAAAUUUCAUAACAGUGACUUGAAAGAAGAAGUGAUCUCAAUACCAACAUCUUUUACAUUUAUAUUUUGAUGUUGUGUGUGUGUAAACAAAACAAACACAUUCAUAAAUAUAUAUAUGUACACAUACCUUCAUAUAUACACACACACACUCACCAAACCCUUGACAAAAUGCAAAAAAAAACAAGACAUCGAUUAGAUCCCAAUCCCAAGGGUCUACGAUACUAUUUGCAACAUUUCAGACACAAUUGAUAUUUAAUAGCUGAUGAGGUUCAAAAAAUGAUUCAUUUGAAAAAAUGUUGAUGAUGAUUAUUGAAAGUAAAUGAAUGAUGAUCAAUAUAUGUAUAUAUUUAAAGCUACAGGCACUCUGACCUACACACACACACACACACAUCCACCACAAACAACAAAAAAAACACCACAAAAACACACACACACCCUAAGACGAAUCGAUGCUGAUUUCUGCCAUUUUUUCAUCAAUCUUUUUUUUGCUUGUCUUAUAUUUCAUCUUCCCACCUCCACCUCCUCCACCUUCACCCUCGACACCUUCUCUCUCUCUCUUUCUCCCCUAAUACAUGUAUUUUGAUUAUCUCUCUCACUCACUCACUCUUUUUCAAUCCGUCAUCUCUUUUCUGUUCACAGGGUGUUAUGUAAAUUUUUUACCAUACCAUUCAUUUAUCUCUCAUCUCGUUAACAAUCAAAGUUAAUUAAUAUCAUAAUCAUUAUCUAUUUAUUUAUUACAUUGUAUUUACAAUUUA